AUGUUACACAAAAUUGUGGUAAACGCCUACAAUCUUUGGGUCGUGGUCUUUGUCGCCAUCGGUACCAUUGCCAGUGCCUAUGGCCUGGCCAUCAUCGGGUCGACCGUCGGCCAGCCCAAUUUCUAUACCUACUUUAAUCUGGCUGCCCAGGGUGAACCAGGUUAUGCGCAUACUUCCAACAUGAUCGGAGCCCUCAAUGGCAUCAAUUCCGCGGGUGCAGUCUUUGGAUGCCUCUUUCAGGCCUGGGCUGCAGACUACUAUGGUCGCAAGCGGACUAUUCAGGCCGGAUGUGUCGUGCUUAUCGUCGGCGGCGUAUUGUGCUCUGGUGCGGUGGAUAUGGCCAUGUUCCUCGUGGGCCGCUUUGUUGCCGGUAUGGGUGCUGCAAUCCUUGCAUGCAUCGUGCCAAUCUACCAGGCCGAAGUGUCGACAGCGGAGACCCGCGGCGCCAUGGUGGCCGUUACUGGCAUCAUGUAUGCUGUCGGCUAUACCCUAGCAGGCUGGUUAGGGUUUGCAUGCUAUUACAUGUCUGCCAAUAACCCGGCAGCCAGCUUCGCCUGGAGGUUCCCGCUGGCGUUCCAGACUAGUUUCCCUCUGAUCGUCCUAGCGGGCAGUUCCUUCAUCCCGUUUUCUCCUCGCUGGCUACUGCAGCAAGGACGUCGAGAAGAGGCCUUUGAGAUUGUCAAGCGUCUGCACAGAACUCCCGAAGAUACCAACGAUUCCCGAGCCAAACAAGAAUUUUACAUGAUCGAGAAACAGUUCGCCCACGAUAAGUCUAUGACGAUGCGGCCAUUCGAGCUCUUCCGUACCUCUGCCAACCGCCGACGAGCCAUGGUGGCCUUCAUGCUGAUGUGGGGGAACCAGUUUCUGGGGGUAUUCGUGUUGGCAAACUACGGGGUCCUCAUUUACGCAAGCCUCGGAUUGGGAGGCUCAAUCCCGCUCCUGCUCAAUGCAUGCUGGGUUAGCUUCACGCUUAUCGGCAACACCUGGACCGCAUUUUACGUCGACCGCGUUGGCCGGCGGACGUGUCUGCUCAUCGGCUCCAUUGGCUGCACCGUGGCCGUGAUAUUCCUCUGUGCUCUGUCGGCGCGGUACCUCGGCACAGAAAACGUGCCCGGUCUGCGCGGUGGAGUCUUCUUCGUGUUCUUUUUUAUCUUCUGGUGGUGUUUCUUCGUCGAUGCAACACAGUAUGUCUACGUUGCAGAGAUUUUCCCCAACCACCUCCGUUCCCAAGGCGUGGCUUUCGGUAUCGCCAGCUUCUAUCUAGGUUCCGAAGUUACUCUUGUCGGGGCGCCGGUUGCGUUUAACACGAUUGGAUGGAAGUUCUAUUUUGUGCUGAUUGUCCCGUCGUUCUUCUAUAUCUUGGCGAUCUAUUUCUUCUUCCCCGAGACCAAGGGUCGCACGCUGGAGGAGAUUGGGGGCCUUUUUGGCGACGAAGCUAACGUUGUCUCGCAUUGGUAUAAUGUCACUGAGGAGGAGCGUGAGAAGCUUGCACGUGAGGCUCUUCGGGAGACGGGAGAUGGAUCACUUCCCGAGAGCGAGCAGGAGGAGGAGGCUAAGCCGACUACGGUUCACGAGGAGUUGUCUUGA